UUCGCUGUCUUUCUUCACCUCAACUUCUCAUCUUGUCUUUUUGUGUUGAAGACUAUCGUGGAGGGCCCGUAUACAAUCUCCGCUCUAUUUUCUUAAUACUGUUGUUUGUUUCUUCAGUUAUCUCCAUCGGGUCCUGCUUAUCACGUCCGGGACAGUCCCCACCACGCCUCAUUGAAGGCUUCCUCGCUAUACACACACCGACAUAUACAGAAUGCCUCAUCCUGAAUCCCCAGAAAUGCCUGUCGCCGUGUCGAAAACCUCCUCCGGAGUGCCUCCCACACAAGAGGAGGUCUCUUCUCUCCUCAACACCAUCUUCAACGCAGAAGGCUCUCAGCAGGCCCUCGAUGGCUCGUAUGCCUUGACCAACCUUCUCAUUCAGAGCGUCGGCUGCCGUGGUCUGUUCCAAUAUAACAUCCUCUCCGAAGUCAAGAAAGCCGCUGCCGAUAAGAAGAAUGGCGCUCGUCGUGAGAGUGCCAUGCUUAUCCUGGGUGCUCUCUUUGAGCGUUUCCCUCGGGAACACCCUCUGAGUGAGUACGUUUUGCUCCUCGAGGAUGGCGGUGUGCUGUACCUCGCUUUUGAAGCCCUGUCCGACAAGGGCGCCGUUGUUCGCGACGCUGCUCAAUAUGCCAUUGACGCCCUUUUCGACAACCUGAAGCCCGAAUCUCUGGUCAACGCUUUGCUCCCCGCCAUCUCUGCCUACCUCAGCAAGGGUACCGGUAAGUGGCAGGGUUUCGUCGGUGCUUUCGCUCUCAUCGAGAAGAUGGCUAUCAAGUCGCAGAUGGGUGCUGGUUCUGGAGAGGAGGAGCGCCAGAAGGAUCUCCUGCGUGAAGCCAUGGGCAAGACCCUCAAGGAACUCAUUCCUCUGGUCGAGUCGGGUAUGCACGAUCUCAAGGGUGAAGUCGCCAAGAGGGCCACCAAGGCUAUGAACGAGCUCACCACCCUUUUGUCCAACGAUGAUGUCCUCCCUCGGAUACCCUUGUUGAUGAACACCAUGCAACAGCCCUCAGAACAGACCCUGCAAAAGGCCAUCCACGCUCUGUCGCAAACCACCUUUGUUGCCGUCGUCACUUCGCCCGUGCUCGCCCUCCUGACUCCCUUGCUGGAGCGUUCGUUGAACACCCCGACCACCCCUCAAGAGACCCUCCGUCAAACUGUCGUCGUCGUCGAGAACUUGACCAAACUGGUUCACGACCCCUCGGAAGCCCGUACCUUCCUGCCCAAGCUGCAGCCCGGUGUUCAGCGCGUCAAGGAGCGUGCCUCCCUGCCUGAAGUCCGUGAGCUUGCCACCAGCGCUUUGUCCGUCAUGGAGAAGGCUAUGGGUGACAGCAACCUGGCUGCCGGUUCCGUUGCCAAGGUCACUCCGGAUGAGGUCCUUGCUGUUCUGGACGCCAAGAUCCAAGCACAGGGUGGUUUGGCUGAUCCUCAGGAUGCCACUCUCCUCCAACUGGGCAAGACCUACAUUGCUGAAAUGGUCCGUGAAGACGUCAACUGCCGCAUGCACGACCGCAUCCCUCUCUGCACCGCGCCGUACCUCCGCGGCCUGCUCAAGGACGACAAGCACGACGCCGUUGCUGCCGAAAUCGAGGCCCACUUCGUCGAGGAUGAUCACCGCAAGUUUGGUAAGCCCGUCGAGGACGACCCCAACGAGGUGGUUAUCGUCAACGCCAACUUCUCUCUUGCCUACGGUGGUAUGCUGCUCUUGAACCACACCAACCUUCGUCUGGUCAAGGGUCACCGCUACGGUCUGGUCGGUCGCAACGGUGCCGGGAAAUCCACCCUCAUGCGCAGUAUCGCCAACGAGAAACUGGAAGGCUUCCCGACCCAGGACCAGGUCCGCACCUGCUUCGUCGAGCACAAUCAGGGCGAAGAUGCCGACUUGAGCAUCCUCGAAUACGUCUCCAAGGACCCCCUGAUUGCUGAAACCGGUAGAGAGCACAUCUCCAGUGUCCUGCUCGAGUUCGGUUUCACCGACGGACCCGAGGGUCGCCAGUCGCAGGGCGUUGGAUCCUUGUCUGGUGGAUGGAAGAUGAAGCUGGCUCUGGCCCGUGCCAUGCUAAAGAAAGCGGACGUGCUCUUGCUGGACGAACCGACUAACCACUUGGAUGUUGCCAACGUCAAAUGGCUGCAGGAGUACCUGAAGAAGAACACUGAGAUCACCAGUUUGAUCGUCAGUCACGACUCUGGUUUCUUGGACGAGGUCUGCACCGACAUCUACCACUACGAGCAGAAGAAGCUCGUCAACUACCGCGGAAACUUGGCCGACUUUGUCAGGGUCAAGCCCGAGGGCAAGAGUUACUAUACCCUGUCCGCCUCCACCGUGCAGUUCAAGUUCCCCCCUCCGGGUAUCUUGGCUGGUAUCAAGUCCAACACUCGUGCCAUCAUGCGUAUGACCAACUGCAGCUACACGUACCCCGGUGCGAACAAGCCGUCGCUGAGCGAUGCGUCUCUUCAGCUCACGCUGUCUUCCCGUUUGGCCAUCAUUGGUGGCAACGGUGCCGGAAAGUCGACCUUCAUCAAGAUGUUGACUGGUGAGACGAUUCCUCAGACCGGCAAGGUCGAGAAGCACCCCAAUCUCCGUAUCGGUUACAUCAAGCAGCACGCUCUGGAGCACGUUGAGCUGCACUUGGAGAAGACUCCCAGUCAGUAUCUGCAGUGGCGUUACGCCAACGGAGACGACCGUGAAGUUUUCCUGAAGCAGACCCGUAUCCUCACCGACGAGGACAAGGCGCAGAUGGAGAAGCCGGUUGAUUUGGGUGAUGGCCGUGGUCCUCGCCGCAUUGAAGCCUUGAUGGGUCGUCAGAAAUGGAAGAAGUCCUUCCAGUACGAAGUGAAAUGGGUUGGCCUGCUUCCCAAACACAACACUAUGAUCUCUCGUGAGACUUUGACCAACCUUGGUUUCUUCAAGAUGGUCCAGGAGUUUGAUGACCACGAGUCGUCGCGUGAGGGUCUGGGUUACCGUGUUCUCGAGCCCCCCGUCAUCUCCAAGCACUUUGAGGACAUUGGUUUGGACCCUGAGAUCGCCAACCACAACCAGAUCUCUGGUCUGUCUGGUGGACAGAAGGUCAAGGUUGUCCUGGCUGGUGCCAUGUGGAACAACCCUCACUUGCUGGUUCUUGAUGAACCUACUAACUUCUUGGACCGUGACUCGCUUGGUGGAUUGGCUGUUGCCAUCCGUGACUUCAAGGGUGGUGUGGUUAUGAUUUCUCACAACGAAGAGUUCGUCGGAGCCCUCUGCCCCGAGCAGCUCCACGUGGCCGACGGCAAGAUUGUCAAGCGUACCAACAACGCCGUCUCGGCGGACCGCUUCGAAGACAGCGCCGCCAGCUCUCCUCAGCCCGGCAGCACGGCCGUCAACUCGACCGCCACCAGCGUGAACGCUUCGGCCGCCAACUCGGGUGCUGAGGACCAGGGCGAAUUGAAGUUCAAGGCGAAGAAGAAGAAGAAGCUCACUCGUGCGCAACUCAAGGAGCGCGAUACUCGCCGCAGGCUACGUCACCUCGAGUGGUUGCAGAGUCCUAAGGGUACCCCACACCCUCCGGACACGGAUGAUGAGGCGUAAGCAUGUCUAUGUCUUGUUAUUAAAAGCGUUGUUAUUGUUCAUUAUGAGUAUAAUGACUGGUUAUGUUUUCUUUUCUUUUCUUUGGCAUUUUUUUCAUUUGUUUGAUUGGUUCAUUGGAUAGACUGGGUUGGUUGGUUUUGCUGGCAUAUAGAUGACAUUCCUGUGUAUAUGGUAUAUAGACUAUGCUACAUAUUAGAUGUGACCCUGUU